AGUUGCUGCGCUGGCAUCUGGCGAGGACGCAUCCCGAUCUCCGAGCUGUCACGUGAUCAACCAAAGAGCUGUUCUUCGCGAAUGUGUAUUUAGAAAGAAGUCUUGCGCUUAUGACGGCUCUGCAGUCUUCUGAACAUGGAUGAUAUUAAAAAAGUUUAUGUAUUUAGUAACGUAGCGCCUUUCAGCGAGCUGGAAAGGUUUUUCUGAAACAUGCACACGCAACAGUGGUUUGCAGCAGCUUUAAUAGUGGAAGCAGAUGUUUGGAUGUGGUUGCAGUGCUGUCUUGUCAUUGCUGUCCUGGUACGCCUUCAUCUGGAAGUAUGCAGUCCUGGCUGUUUAUGGAGCAUAACUUUGGUCAAGUAAUAUCCUGUGUCUCCUGUUAUUUCAUGGCAUCCAGGAUGACUGUGAAUCUUCAAUGGAUGUGAGAAAAUCCAAAUGCUUCGGGAGGAAUAUGAAACUUCUACAGAAUUUCAAGGGAAGAUAACACUGAAACCUGUCACAACAUGAGAAGGGUCUAUAUAAAGGGAGAUAUGCUUUGCUCCCUGAUUCUGCUGGUGCUUCUCUUUCUGCUGUUAUAUGCACAUCAAAGAAUAACGCCCGUAUGGGGGACUUUGCACAUUGAACAGGGGUCCACCAGCUCGAGAACACUCCUCAGUGGAGCAUCAAUAGGACACCAUACAAAGCCGGUCCCUUCAAAACCUCCAGACAUACCUCUUUGCAAACCAGAGGUUCAGAUCAAGCCUAAAGCACAAGGACAAUCAAAGGUUAAAUCUUCGAAAGCACGGAGCAAAGCAAAGUCUAAAUUUCGCCAGCCCUCAACGACAGCAAGUUUGCUACCAACACGUGCUUCAUUUGACUUUGACGAUUACAUUCGAAAGAAAGACCAACGGGACUUCAAGCUGCUAAUCGAUCAGCCAACAAAGUGUUCUGGACCCGAAGGAGCUCCCUAUAUGCUGAUUGCCAUAAAAUCAGUAGCAAUGGAUUUCGACAAACGUCAGGUUGUCAGACGCACAUGGGGACGAGAAAGCGCGUCCCAGAAAAACAUAAACAUCAAGAGAGUUUUUCUUCUCGGGGUGCCCCAAAAUCAAACAGCGCUUCCGUUAUGGGACAAACUUUUGGGAUAUGAGAGUCAAACUUAUAGUGACAUACUCCUGUGGGACUUUGAAGACACCUUCUUCAACUUGACACUAAAAGAAAUCCACUUUCUACAGUGGAUCAAUAUCAGCUGUCCCAAAGUGAAGUUUAUUUUUAAGGGUGACGCAGAUGUGUAUGUGAACAUCGACAAUAUCCUGGAGAUGCUUGAGGGUCAGGAAAUUGACAAGAAUCUUUUUGUUGGAGACAUCAUUGUCCAUGCGAAACCAAUUCGCAGACGCAACAGCAAGUACUAUGUCCCAGAGUUCAUCUACGGCCAGGGGAUCUACCCAUCCUAUGCGGGUGGAGGCGGAUUUGUCAUGUCAGGACAUACCGCAUUGAAGCUUCACCUCGCCUGCCAAGAGGUGGAACUCUUCCCCAUUGAUGAUGUCUUUCUAGGCAUGUGUCUGCUAAGGAUCGGCCUUCAGCCGACUCGCCAUGAGGGCUUCCGCACCUUUGGAAUCGUGAGACCGUCCGCUGCACCACACCUACAGGUGUUCGACCCCUGCUUCUACAGGGAGCUGAUGGUGGUGCACAGCUUGACAGUCCCACAGAUUUGGCUCAUGUGGAACCUUCUGCACGACCCUGAGCUUCAGUGUCACAGCAGUCAGGAUCCCACGGGUUUUCCCUUUCAGUGGAGCAACAAGAUUGGGAAAAUGGCUAAGAACAAGGCAAAAGGAAAGCUUAGGAACAACGACUAUGGGAUGAAAGUGUUCGUGGAACAUUAACUCCUAGAAAAUUAAUGUACUUUAAAAAUAAAACCACGAAUGUGAGAAAAUUCCUUCUUUCAUUUUGAUUUGGUUAAAUCAUGGCCACAAUUUAAAGAGACAGUUCCCCCAAAAAUGAAAAUGAUAUUUUUGAUGAUAUCUGAGAGUUUUCUGACCUUGCAUAGACAGCAGUGCAACUACCAUGUUCAUGGAACAGAAAGGUAGUAAGGACAUUAUUAAAAUAGUCCAUGUGACAUCAGUGGUUCAACCUUAAUUUUAUAAAGCUACAAAAAAAUUUUGUGCGCAAAGAAAACCAAAAUAACGACUUUACUGAACAGUUUCUUGUGCCAUGGUACUCUCGUGAAUGCUUGUUGAAGAUUGACAGAGAAGAGAGGAAACUGUUAAAUAAUGUCGUUAUUUUUGUUUUCUUUGCACACAAAAAGUUCUCGUAGCUUCAUAAAAUUAUGGUUGAACCACUGCUGUCAUGUGGACUAUUUUAUCGACAUCCUUCUUUUCUGGGCCAUAAAAUGCUUCAGUUGUGUUGCUGUCCAUGCAGAAUCAGAAAGCUCUCAGAUCUUUUUAAAAAAAUCUUAAUUUAUGUUCCGAAGACGAAUAAGGAUCUUACAGGUUUAGAACAACAUGAGGGUGAGUAAUUAAUAUCAGAAUUUUAAUUUUUGGGUGAACUGUCCCUCAAAAUCUUGGAAGUGAAUUCUUAAAUUGUGGCCUUUUUUUAUUCAUCUUUUCCUUCAUUUUUGUUACAUCACAACCACAACUGAACAAUUACAAUGAAGGAACAAAUUAGUACAACUUAUUGUUAGUACAACUUAACUAUUGUUAGUACAACUUAACAAUUCAUGGCCACAAUAUUUCAUUUUUACAUCAUUUUUCCCCCUGCAUAUCAUAUGUGGACUUCCUUAUAUGAUGCUCUUUUCCAUACAAAAAAUUUUUUUAUAUAUAUGUAUCUAAUGAUCCUCAGUCACAAAAAAGUACAAAAAAAGUAGUUUGUGCUACUUGUACACUAUAAUCCGAAUUCUCUGAUACAAUAGCUUUGUGUGAGAUAUUCAAGUCAUUAUUCACUGAAAUUCUCUUUCAAGCCAGAACUUGGCAUCAAAACUGGAGUAAUCAGCAUUGAAACAUGCAAUAUCUGAAUGUAUCUGAACAUUUCAGGCUUAAAAAACAGUAUCAGUAAAUGAGUAAAUGAGUAAAUGAUGGCAAAAUUGUAGGGAUGCACGAUACUGGAUUUUUGCCGAUAUCCGAUAUUUUUUAACUCAUUUUGUCCGAUAGCCUAUGGCGAUACUGAUAUAUUUGAUUUGUUUGGAAACAACACUCUCCUGUGUGGAAAUUAUAAGCAAAUUAUUUUAAUUUUAUACUACAUAGCCAUUGAAUGCUUGAAUGUGAUUGGCUGACCAACGUUCUAAGGUCAGUAAUUAUUUUCAGAGAAACGCGCGGCAAACGUAGUUCCAGGCAGCUCUUGACUGCAUUACAUGUCCAUAUCAUUUCGCUACACGAUUUCAUUUAUUUAAAAGGUCCUAACAGCCUAAAACAACAAAAUAACCAAAGCCCACAAUGACACUGGCCAAACAAAUAAAUACAGUAAACAAUAGGAUAAAAACGACAAAUUAUUUCCAUGUUUUUGCCACAAAAUUACAUUUUAUUAUGUACGGAAAGUACAUAAUCUAUCUCUCCUACUCUCUCUCCCUUACAGAUGCACACACAUACAGUUUGCACAAAUUAACAUACAAACUUAUCUGAUUGAUGUCGAGGUGUGGUAACCGUAGUAUAAGCAGAAUAUUUGAUUUUAGUUCUUUGAAUUCUCACCUUAAAAUAAUUUGUAACCUGGCUGCCUUAAAAUUUU